AUGAGUUGGUGUGUUCCGAGUUGGGAUAUUAUGGGAAAUAACUCGGCCUCGCCUGAAAUCGCUGAUAACGUCUGUCCUAAUUCCAAGACGACCAUACGAGUUCCCAAGUUGGACUAUGAAGGAGUGACUGAGCUGACCUGGAAAAACGGUCAGCUGGGCAUGAAUGGCCUGGUGUCUGCCCGUCCGGCCGCCGCGAAGCCACCCUCCGCCGCCGCCGCGCCGGCGAAGUACGCCGCCUGGGACAGGCCGCACGCCGGAGGGACCCUGGAGUCCAUAGUCAACCAGGCCACCAAGUACGCCGCCGCCGCUGCCGGCGUCCCCGUCCCCCUUUUCGAGCCCCGACGCGCCACGGUGGCCGCCGACGCCAUGGUCCCCAGCAACAACAACGCCAGCUGUAAUAGUAAUAAUAACACGAAUAGCGUCCCGUGUAAAAACGUGGAGAGCCAGCUGGGGACUGGCACGUGCGGGGUGGGUUCGUGCAGCGGGGCACGUGCGGGGGUCUGCACGUGCGUUGGGGCGAGCGAGAGCGCCACGUGCGGGAGGGAGAGGGAGUUCGCGGGCGGCGCGUCCAGAUCCACUUCCCUGUUUUCGCCGGCGAACACCAGCUCCGCCGGCGGAGUGUAUGCGAGGAACUCGCCAGAGGACCAUGACUCCUUUUGUCACAGUAUAUCACAGGCAUGUAAUUGUAUCGCCAGAAAUGAAGCCGAAGAACGCAAAAGAAAAGGGUGUAGUGGACCAACCUUAUCAAAAAGAAGAGACAAAAUCAAUCAAAGGAUGAAGACAUUGCAGAAGAUGGUCCCAAACUCCAGCAAGACGGAUAAAGCGUCGAUGUUGGAGGAAGUAAUAGAGUACCUUAAACAGCUCGAAGGUGAAGUCCAAUUUAUGAGAAGUAGGAUGAACAUGAUGUCAUCCAUGAUGAUGUCAUUGCCACUGCCCAUGCAGCAAAUGUCCAUAAUGCCCCCACCCAUGGGCAUGGGUAUGGGUAUAAUGGGCCGGAUGAUGCCACCUGUCAUCCCGGGUGCCGCUGCCGGACUUUUUCCGCCGCCCGUCCACGAGGGCAUGCUGCCGCCGGAUAUGCUGUCCGCGUUUCUGGCUUGUCACUCACAUCCUAUGACAAGUGAAGCUUAUAGUAGGCUGCAGGCUGCCAUGUAUCAAAACCUCCAGCAGCCACCACCUGCCCCUGGCCCUGCUUCAAACAAUUGA